AUGGCGCUGCAGCGGCGCGCGCUGCAGCGACAGGCGGCGACCACGUCGUCGUCGUGUCUCUUCUCGUUCGCGCCGCACAUCGCCGCCUCGGUGCCAAGGCAGCUCGUCGCGUACUUUGCCAAUGGCGGGCCGCUCCCGAGCGUCAGCGCGCCAAUCGUGACGACGCACGUGUCGGCAGGCGCGCUCGUCCUCGCCGACAUCUCACACUACUCGCAGCUCGUUGCGUCGCUCGCCGACGAUGGCGACGUGGGCAUGCAGACGCUGUGCAGAGUCAUGGAGACGUGCUUCACCAAGAUGAUCGACACGAUCGACAUGCAUGGCGGCGACUGCAUCAAGUUUGCCGGCGACGCGCUCCUUGUGUCGUUCCCAACGAUCGAGGCGAGCGCUGCGUGCGCCCUCGCACUGCUCGCCGCCACGUCGGCCUCCUGCGGCGUCGAGAUUCACAUUGCGAUUGCGUUUGGCGACCUUCUCGGCCUGCACCUCGGCGGCGUCCACCACGCGUUCGAGUACGUGGUUGGCGGCGCGCCGUUCCAGCAGCUCCAAGACAUUGUCGACUGCAGCGGGCCCAACUCGAUCACGCUGUCACAGGUGGCGUGGGACGCACUCGGUCCGUCCGCCAUCGGGCACGCGCUGGUCGACGGCCGGGCGUACGCGCUCACGGGCCUUGCAUCAUCAUCAUCAUCGUCAUCAUCAUCGGCAUGCGAGUCCCACGGUCGAAUGACGCCGCCAGAGCUCUGUCCGUCGACGCUGGAUGCGAUCCGCAAGUAUGCACCGGCGCCGCUCAUGGCCACGAUCGACGUCCAGCAGUUUGACCUUGUCGCCGAGUACCGGCAGUGCUCGAUCCUCUUUGUGACGCUGCAAGAUCUCUCACUAGCGUCACCAGACAUUGAUGUGCACCGGCUCCAGACCGUGUUCGUGCGCCUCCAGCACAUCCUGCACUGCCACGGCGGGUUCUGCCGCCAGUUUCUCGCCGACGACAAGGGCACCGUGCUCAUCGCGGCCUUUGGCGUCCACGGCUUCUCGCACUUUGACAAUGCGCUGCGUGCGCUCAAGACCGCGCUCGAGAUGGCCGACGCGCUCGCCGACCUCGCCGUUGCCGCGACGCUUGGUGUGGCGACGGGGAAAGUCUACGCCGGGCUGCUCGGCUGCGCCCGCCGGCACGAGUACGCAGUCGUCGGUAGCGCAGUCGUGACCGCCGCGCGCCUCGCGGGCCUGCCGACAACGGGAGAGGCCAACGCGACGUGCCGCGUUCUCUGCGAUGCACCGACGCGCGAUAUCGUCCAGCACGAGCGUGACGUCGCCCUCACUCGGUACGGCGACGUGUACCUCAAGGGCCAGCGCGGCCCCGCUGUUAUCUACAGCGUGGCACCCGCGUCUGCGCACCGGGCGUCGGGACGUAGCCCCAUGCUUGGCCGCGAAGCGCUUGUCGCGUCGGUCCUGCGGCACCUGGUGCACCACGACCGCGCGCUCGUCGUUCUCGAAGGCUCGAUCGGCAGCGGUCGGUCGUGCUUUCUCAACCACAUCGAGUCGCUCGUGCUCAAGACGACGUCUGUGCUGCGGUACCGCGCGAGCUGGCACGACGCGCCGCUGGCGCUCUGGCGACGCGUGGCGCAGUCGCUUCUCACUCCUCUCGAGGAUCUCGACGAGCUGCGUCGCGUGCUGCACCGAAAUCGCCCCGUGCUCAUCAUCGACGACUUUGAAGCGAUCGACGAAGCGUCGCUCGAGCGCCUCGGCGAGCUCCUUGCUGACGCGCCUCUGCGCGUGCUGGUGUCGGUCCCGACCACGACGACGUGCCAAACGCUUCGCUUCCGGCUGCGCCACCACUUUAAGCGCGUGUACCAAUGGAGCUUUGUGCGCAAGGUCACGGUGCGGCUUCCGCCGUUGGCGCCCGAGCACAUUGCCGCGUUGAGCUGCCAGCUCUUGCACGCGUCGAGCCUCGCGCCCGACGUCCACAAGUUUAUCUCGGCCACGUCGCUCGGGAGUCCGCUCUGGGUGCAGCAAAUCGUGCACUGCUUGCACACGAAAGGCUUUGUGACGCUCUCCAAGAACCACCGGAGAGUGACGUUUACGCCUGCGUUUGUUUCGGCAAAGCGAAGCCAGCUCAGUAGCAUCCACGACAUCGUCCUCGCUCAAGUCGAAGAGCUCUCGGAGACCCAGCGCUGGCUCCUCAAGCUCGGUGCGAUCAUCGGGUCGUCGUUCCAGAUCAACGAGCUUCUCUGGCUCUGCCACGGCUUCUCGCACCUCCAGGCAUGGGUCGAUGGCGAUACGCUGCAGUGGCAGCUCGGCCUUCUCUGCAAAGCGGGCUACCUCGAGGUCGUCGACGGUGGCAGCGCCGCGAUGGUCGAGACGCGACGCCGGUCGCACUCGGAGACGCAGCACCCGAAGCUGCAGCGCGUGCGCCGAGGUCACAGCCACCACGACUUGGCCUCGGCGCUCAAGCGAGCACGGCUACGCGUCCGCUACCGCUUCUGCCAUGCCAACGUGCGGGAUGCGCUCCUCGACGUCUUCCUGCCCGCCCAGCGCCGCAUGGCCCAUUCACUCAUGAUCGACCUGCUCGACGACCUCUCCGUCUUGCACGAGCCGUCGCAUCUCGUCCGUCUCGCCCACCACUGCGUCGAAGCGGGCAUGCGCACCAAGGCGCUAACGUACCUCGGGCGCGCCAGCUUGCUCGCGGCCGCCACCGACGUCGCCUUGUUUGACCGUCUCGUCGAGAUGCGCUUUGCGCCGCCGGCGUCUCGCGUCUCUUGGCUGCUGGCGUCCGUGCGGGCGCGUCGGCUGGCACGACCAAGCGAUAACGACGGUAUCAUGGCGCUGCUGGCCGAAGCCGUCGCCUUGGUGCACGUUUCGUCGCCCGAGAAGGAGCGGUCGGUGCCGAUCCCCGUCAUCGGCGCCUGUCUUGCGAUGGCUACUUGCAUCAGCUUGGAAUAUCAGCUUGCAUCGUCGUCCUGGGAGAGCCAGCGCGUUGAAGGUACCACGUGGGUCCAGCAGCUAGCUCAGCUGCCCGACCACGAGUCCAGCCGUCAUCUUCUCGACGUGGACGUCCUCGCAGGCUACUGCAUCGCACAGCACAUGGCCAAGCGUCCGCUCUUUCGCCGCGCGAUUGCCUCGGCGCCUCCUGUGCUCUACGCUCUCGCAGCUCGCCGCAUUGGCAGUCUGUGCACCGAGGCUGUCCCCGUCGUCUCGGCAACGGCCACGGAUGCUCGCUGCGUCAUGGACGCUGUGCACACGCAUCUGGCCUUUGGCGCCAGCGACGAUGCGCACUCGCUCGAGCUCAUGAACGUCCUUAUGGCGUCCGAGGACCCGCGUCUCGCCCAGUGCCUCCGGCUCGUACGUGGCGACACGCGACAGCUCGCGACCUGCAUCGCGCUCAGCGACGACGACAUUCUUCUUCUUGGCGGCCUGCCCGCGCGACUCGUGAGCAAGACAGCGCUCGCCAAGUACUAUGACCGCUACGCCAACAGCACGUCACUGGCUCUGCACCACAUGCGCGGCGCGAUUGAAGCGCUACGAGGGAUUGCGACCCGCGCGACGACUCUCAUGUGGGCGCCGCAAGCGCAUCUCUUGGUGUACGCGCAGUGGCUGGCGCUGCUGGCCUACGACAUGACGAGGCACGUCGGCGAGACGCGUCGACUGAGCGAUCACGUCACCGCACUGGCGCGUGUCUGCGACGAGCUCUUUCCGCCGACAACGCACGGCCUCGGCAGCCUCGCGAGCGCCUUCUUCCGCAGCUUGACGAGCCUCGUGCUUCAGAAACUCGAGCCGACUCGCGCCAGCAGCGAUAGCCUCGAGGCACUCUCGUCCGUGGCGAGCCGCGCGUGCAAGGUCGGCUGGCUCAGCUUGCGCCGCCAUGCUAUGUACGUUGUCGCGAUGGAAGACGACGCGGACAGCAAGGUCUCGUGGGUCCUGGACGUUGAAGUUCCAGACAUGGCGCCGAGCUCCUUCAAGAACCAGCAAGCGAGCGCUACCAAUUACAACAACAACAACAACUAUAGCGAUGCGUCGGCGGACUGCAUUCUCGGUGCGACUGCCACCCUUUCCCUUGUACUCUAG